AUGUCAGUGUUCUCUCCUGGUCUGAAUGACGGUUUCUCCCUACCUGGCGAAGGGUCCCUGGUCUCCAGCACUAAGAAAAACACAGGAGAGAAAGGAGGAACUGCGUCCAUGAAGGAGAAUGUUUGUCAGGUGUGUGAGAGGACAGGUGAGCUGCUGCUGUGUGAGGGCCAGUGCUGUGGGGCGUUCCACCUGAAGUGUAUCGGCCUAUCAGAAACCCCUAGAGGGAAGUUCAUCUGUUGUGAAUGCACUAAAGGGGUUCACACAUGCUUUGUGUGUAAGAAGUCUGGCGACAGUGUGAAGAGGUGCAUGGUGCCUGUAUGUGGGAAGUUCUACCACAACGAGUGUAUCCUGAAACACACACCCACCCAGCCCCAGAGUAAAGGGGUUCGCUGCUCCCUCCACGUCUGUCUGUCCUGCCACAUCACCAACCCCCUCAACCCCUGCAGUUCCAAAAGUCGUCUGACCCGCUGCGUGCGCUGCCCUGUUGCGUACCACGCAAACGACUACUGCAUGGCGGCAGGCAGCAUUGCCCUGGCCAACAACAGCUUCCUGUGUCCAAACCACUUCACCCCCCGCAAGAACUACAAGAACCACGAACACAUCAACGUCAGCUGGUGCUUCGUCUGCUCAGAAGGGGGCAGUCUGCUGUGUUGCGAGGCCUGUCCUGCUGCCUUCCAUCAAGAGUGUCUGAACAUCGAGAUGCCCGAGGGGAGCUGGUUCUGCAACGACUGCAAGGCCGGGAAGAAACCACACUUCAAGGACAUCCUCUGGGUUAAAGUGGUAAGAUUCAGGUGGUGGCCUGCGGAAGUGUGUCUUCCUAAGAACAUCCCAGAGAAGAUCCUCCGUAUGAAACACGAGGUGGGGGAGUUCCCUGUUCAGUUCUUUGGUUCUAAGGACUACGCCUGGACCUAUCAGGCCAGAGUCUUCCCUUACAUGGAGGGAGAUGCCAACAACAAGGACAAGAUGGGGAAGGGUUGUGACGCCAUCUACAAGAAAGCUCUGAAUGAAACAGCUGAGCGGUUUAUAGCGCUUCAGGCUGAGAAGGAGAUGAGACAGCUUCAGGAGGACAGGAGGAAUGACAAGAAACCUCCUCCCUACAGACACAUCAAGGUGAACCGACCAAUUGGCAAGGUCCAGAUCAUCACGGCGGACCUAUCGGAGGUGCCGCGCUGUAACUGCAAGGCGUCUGAUGAGAACCCGUGUGGCAUGGACUCAGAGUGUAUCAACCGCAUGUUGAUGUAUGAGUGCAACCCUCAGGUGUGUUUGGCAGGGGAGAGGUGUCUGAACCAGAGUUACACCAAGAGACAGUACACCCAGGUGGAGAUCUUCAGGACCUUGUCACGAGGCUGGGGGCUACGGGGCGUCUCCGACAUCAAGAAGGGUGCAUUUGUGAAUGAGUACGUGGGGGAGGUGAUAGACGAGGAGGAGUGCAGAGCCAGGAUCAAACAUGCUCAGGAGAAUGACAUUUGUAACUUCUACAUGCUCACUCUGGACAAGGACCGGAUCAUAGACGCUGGACCCAAGGGGAACCAAGCGAGGUUCAUGAAUCACUGCUGCCAGCCCAACUGUGAGACCCAGAAGUGGACGGUAAACGGAGACACCAGGGUGGGGCUCUUUGCCCUGGAGGACAUCCCCGAAGGUGUGGAGCUGACCUUCAACUACAACCUGGAGUGUCUUGGUAACGGGAAGACGGUGUGUAAAUGUGGAGCGCCCAACUGCUCCGGGUUCCUGGGGGUCCGACCAAAGAACCAGCUGUCUAAAGCACGGGAAGGAAGGGAACUAAAGGAGGGCAAGAAGAAGGUUCUGGUCAAGAAGAAGCCUCAGCUGGAGGUGACGAAGGAGAGGGAGGACGGGUGUUUCAGCUGUGGGGACGGAGGACAGAUCGUGUCCUGUAAGAAGCCAGGUUGUCCCAAGGUCUACCAUGCAGACUGUCUCAACCUGGCCAAGAGACCUGCAGGCCGUUGGGAGUGCCCCUGGCACCAGUGUGACAUCUGCGGUCAUGAGGCGGCCUCCUUCUGUGAGAUGUGUCCCAGCUCCUUUUGCACGCAGCACCGUGAGGGCUUGCUCUUCAUCUCUAAGAUAGAUGGGCGGCUCGCCUGCAACGAUCACGACCCCUGUGGACCCGAGCCCCUGGAACCAGGGGAGAUCAGGGAGUACGUACCUCCUGGGGGCAUGCCUCUCCCCCACCCCCUGGGUCUGGUCCCACCCAGGCCUGGUUCCACCACUGCUGGUUCUAUCCCCUCCACAGUUGCCCCAGACCUGACCCAGGACUCGCUACUGCCCCCUACAGGGAGCUUGUUCCUCAACACCUCCCAGAACUCCAAUACCUCCUCCUACGGACCCCCUAGCAGUCCCUACAUGUCUGAUAGUCAAAUACUGCACUUCUCCCUUCCUUCUCCCCCCUCCUACAAGGACGUGAAAGAGGAGGAGGAGGAUGGAGAGCUGGAAGACGGACAGGUGGGUGGAUUAGAAGAGGAUGCAGAGGAGGAUGAAGAAGAGGACGAGGAGGAAGGAGAGGCGAUGGAGGUAGUUGAGGAGGAAGAUGAGCAGUAUGAGGGCAGACUAGGAGAGGAGGAAGGGGGAGAUGUGUAUGACACCUGGGGGGACUACAUGGAGGAGGAGCCAGACGAUGAGGGGGAGGUAGAGGAGGAGGAGUGGGGAAGGGUGGAGGAUGAAGAGAAAUGAACUCUGUUUACAUCCCUCCCCCUUGUCUUCCAUUCCUUCUUCCAUCUCUACGAAAAUACUUUUUCUCUAGCUCUCAUCUCUCUAGUGACAUUCUGAUGGACUGACAAUGAGAAAGAGAUUGUCCUGGUGGUGCCAAGCGAAAUACAAAGCUGCCUUUGUGUUUGCACUGCAUUGCCUUCCUAUGCCCAGCAUAGCACAGUGUGGGAUAUAAACUGGUGCUAAAGGGCUGGGAGGACUGCUCUGGUCAGCCUCUGGUCCAUCUGUUGAUAUGUUAUUAAUAUCUGCUCUGGUCAGCCUCUGGUCCAUCUGUUGUAUGUUAUUAGUAUCUGCUCUGGUCAGCCUCUGGUCCAUCUGUUGAUAUGUUAUUAGUAUCUGCUCUGGUCAGCCUCUGGUCCAUCUGUUGAUAUGUUAUUAGUAUCUGCUCUGGUCAGCCUCUGGUCCAUCUGUUGAUAUGUUAUUAGUAUCUGCUCUGGUCAGCCUCUGGUCCAUCUGUUGAUAUGUUAUUAGUAUCUGCUCUGGUCAGCCUCUGGUCCAUCUGUUGAUAUGUUAUUAGUAUCUGCUCUGGUCAGCCUCUGGUCCAUCUGUCGUAUGUUAUUAGUAUCUGCUCUGGUCAGCCUCUGGUCCAUCUGUUGAUAUGUUAUUAGUAUCUGCUCUGGUCAGCCUCUGGUCCAUCUGUUGUAUGUUAUUAGUAUCUGCUCUUGUCAGCCUCUGGUCCAUCUGUUGAUAUGUUAUUAGUAUCUGCUCUGGUCAGCCUCUGGUCCAUCUGUUGUAUGUUAUUAGUAUCUGCUCUGGUCAGCCUCUGGUCCAUCUGUCGUAUGUUAUUAGUAUCUGCUCUGGUCAGCCUCUGGUCCAUCUGUCGUAUGUUAUUAGUAUCUGCUCUGGUCAGCCUCUGGUCCAUCUGUCGUAUGUUAUUAGUAUCUGCUCUGGUCAGCCUCUGGUCCAUCUGUUGAUAUGUUAUUAGUAUCUGCUCUGGUCAGCCUCUGGUCCAUCUGUUGUAUGUUAUUAGUAUCUGCUCUGGUCAGCCUCUGGUCCAUCUGUUGAUAUGUUAUUAGUAUCUGCUCUGGUCAGCCUCUGGUCCAUCUGUCGUAUGUUAUUAGUAACUGGUGCUGUUUUUCUUCUCUUAAAAGUUUACAUUUUUGUUUUAUUUUACAAUUGGAAAACAAAAAAGGAUCGGCAGCCUCACUCAGCCACACCCUGACUAUACCGGACAUGUUGCGUGUGUGACCAUUGCAAAAUAAAUGUACAAAUUCAAUAUUUUCAUCCACACUGCUUGCGCGCGUCAACUAACGUCUUUGAUGCCAAACGCUGAAAUAGAACUUGGUUCUAUUUGAGACACGCUGUAAAUCUCACGUCUCCUGUCUCCUUAUUGAUUUACAUGACGAUACAACCCCACAUGUUUGCUUGAAAGGAGAAACCUGGAGAUAUUAAUCAAAGAUAACUUACGCCGGAAUGGAGAUACACACAAUUGUUGUAUGACCUGGGUCAAGGUUCUCCAAAGGACCACCUAAGAAUGGGAACACACAUGCAUGAGAAGGUAAAAUAACAACCCACUGUUCAUCUUCCAGGACAAACUAGCUAACAACAGCUAUCCAACUUAUUGUCCAUGAACGUUUCAUGUGUAUUUUGACCUGUCCCAAAAUGAAUAUAGUUGGAUCACAGUUGGUUUUGUUAUUUUAACCUGCAUGUCAUGAUCGCGUCUAUCAAAUGAGGAGAGACAAACUUAUCACACAAGUCAGAGUUAUACUUAAACUACAUCUUUAAUAAUAAGAGCUUUGCAAUGACUUUCAACAAUUCACCAUUUCUAAAGAUCCAUUGAGAGUGAUAAAACAAAAGUGCAAAGAUUUUUUAUUGCCAAGAUACACCCCUUUCAACCUAUAUGACGAACAACAGAUACAUAGAAUGGUCACAAGGUUAAGAUUUGUAUGAAAGAUAUCUAUAAUACAUAGCAGACAGCAUCUGCUGUGUCAACAGUUUUCAUUGUAUAGACCAGUGUCUGGCCCUCCUACUCCAAACUGGAACCAUCUCUUCCUGAUACGGUAUAGAGCACAAACAUUAACUCAUGUUAUCUGGAAUGCUGUUUAGGUUUUAUCACCCAAAGACAUCGUAAAUCUCCUCCGUCAGUGUUAUCUCAUAGAGGCCCUCAGUAGAACACACACACAAUAGUUCACAGAACACUCUAUUCUGUCGAAUUAAACAACCAUUAUAAUGGAAUACAAGCAUUAUAACAUAAUCUUGCAAUUUCCCUGACACCAGUUAUCAAGAAUAAUGAACGAUAUGCUCUCAAUGAUCACUGAUUAUAAAACGGCAUAACCAACUUCUGGUUUGGAUAUAUAACUGUGUUACAAAUCAACCCAAUCUUGAAAUCUAAAGUGCAUCUCUUGUAAACGGUAAAGAAAACACUUUUUGUCUACAGCGAAAGAUUAUGAUGAUAAAACUCUCAAUCCAUAAUUAAGAUCCCAGAUUGUUCAUUAUGUUAAGAUGGUUAUGGCUGGACAAACAGAAACAUUCCAAGAAUUCAGAACAUCACUCCUGUUAGUUGUGUGUACAUCAAUGUUUUGACCUUACUUUAUGGCUUUAGGUUACCGUUCCAUCCACAGAAUUAGAACAAAUUCUAGUUCUUUGAUUCCAUCACCAUGCUCCAUCAUCAUAGGUCAUUCAAUGAUCACAUCUGGCAGAAAAAUGUGUUGUCUGUUUGGGAGAUGAUGCGAAAGUUUAUAUCGUGAGUCAACGUGGUGUAUGUUUGAGUGCACGCACUUGUCUGCUGUUGUAGAAUCAAGCGAUACUUGUCAUGUAUUGUCUCAUGGCCUAAAGAACAGUGUUUUUGAGUUUUAAAAAGUAGAAUUUUAUACUUCUGAAUUGACUGUUGUGGUGCUGUAAACAUUUUAACACAAACCCCUUAGUAUAUAGACUGCAUCGUCUCACUGGAAGGCUGGUUGUCUGCAUCACUAAAAUACAUGGUUUAUCAUCUCUGUUGGUUAACUGAAGAGCCAAGCAGAAUGUCUCAUGUUUUCUGUCAUAACUAAUGUUGAUUCAUCGGGCAGCUUUUCCAACAAGAUGGUUUAUCAUCACAAUGAAGCUGUGAAGCAUUCUGAAACUUCUCCACAUUCUAGAAAGGUUGUUCCGAGACCUUCAGUUCAUACAUUUUGUGUAAUGUUCUGCUGUAUAUGUUCUGCAUUCAAACAUGUAGCAGCACACUUCCAACGCACAAAACACACGGGUCCAUUCUGUUUGGUUGCUGGUUAUGGUUAAAUUCCAUGAAAUAACAAACCUUCCCAUGAGUCUCAUCUAAUGCUUUUUAAAUGAAAUUAGAACAUUUUCAUGAAUUUUACAAUUUGGUUAAAUUGAUGUUUAGAAUUUAGAAUGUCAACAUGAGAAUCACUGGACAAUUGGCCUUAAAAUCCUGAAUAUUCAGCCUUUUAAAACAAUCAAUUGGGUCCAACACCAACUAAAUGACAAAAUGAUGUACUGAAUUCCCUAACAGAAGCACUACCAUUUUUACAUGGCUUGCCUAAUAAUGUGUCAACAAAUAUUUCUGCCUCACUCUUGACUUGACAUCCAGGCAGAGAAAUAUAUAUAUAUAUGUUUUGGUUGGCUAGUUUUUUGUAUGUAUCAAACCUAUAUAAUUUUUUUUGCCUUUUUUUUUUUCUUUCCGUUUUGUGAUGAUGAUGUUUGCCAACGGGUCUACUUCGAAGAGUUCUCUGGCCCCUCCUGUUUUUUUUUUUUUUUUAGAGAGAUGAAACACAGAAAUUGAUUUUCUGAAGAAACAGGGGAUAUGUUUAUUGCUGCCAUGUUGAGAAGACUCAUGAACUGAACUGUACUCCGUUGUGUAUAAAAAAUAUUGUAAGUAAAGUUUCACAAUAGAACAUUUUGUUUUUGUAAUUUUUUUAAGGCUCACUUUUUCUUCCCUUUUGAAAAAUGAA